AUGCGAAGAGAACCCAUCCGCCACGCAAUGAGAAGCGCCGGAAUUUGUCCACUUCAGUCCGGCAAUCUCCAGGCCUUGUGGGGCUUGCACGUUUUGGACUUUUGCUCUUCGCUGCAAAUGUGGUGCAUAUUGCAAAAAAGGCAACUUAUUGUGACAGCCGGUGAAGAAGUUGCAGCGAGAAUGGGGCCAACCUUUCUUCGAGAAGGGAGUUCUUUGCGAGGGGGAAAAAAAGGCACUGCGAAAAGCGUAGAAUCGAUGCACAAGCUGCAGUGUGUGGACUGUGUUGACACAGAUGCCUGA